AUGACGCUGCAUUACGAUGGCGAGGUAAAGAUCGCCAAGAUUAACAUGGGCCCCUAUGACAACAACGGUUAUAUCGUAAUUUGCCCCGAUACCAACGAGGGCAUCAUCAUUGACACCCCCGCCGAACCGGAAAAGCUCAUCAACGAAGUGGGCGACGUCCAGAUCAAGGCAAUCCUGAUCACCCACAAACACCAGGACCACCUGCUGGGCUUUGCCGAGAUUACCGGCGCCAUCGGCGCUCCCGUGGCAGUGCACGCCAACGAUGUGGACGGCCUGCCCCGCGCUCCGGAAACGGUACUGAACGACGGCGACACUAUUCUUUCGGCAACCUGCAAGCCCAGGCCAUUUACACCCCCGGCCAUACUGAGGGAGCCACUUGCUACCUGCCCCGAGGCCCUUCAGCAGAUCCUGAACAGUGUCAGCGGCAAGCUGCUCACCCUGCCUGACGAAGUUGCCGUCUAUGCCGGUCACGGCGCGGUGGAUACUACCAUUGGCGAGGCUCGCCGCCGCUAUCAGGUCUUUACUUCCAAGUCUCAUUCACCCGACCUGUGUGGCGACAUUGACUGGCUGGAAACCGAGUAA